UAAAGUAAUUAAACAUUGUCCAACAAAUAAAGCAUGAAAAAAUAAUUUAUAUGUUGUAUAUUUGACAAAAUAAUCGCGUUUCCGAAGUUCGAGCCUGAAAGGGGACGAACCCGGAAGUGAUACGUCACACCGGGAACGCGAUGGCACCUCCAUACAUACGGCCGCCAUACAAAGCCCUUCAAACAAUGAUUCAAACAGCGAUAUAAGCGAUAGAUCAAGCGCAAGGGAGGAAAUCCAAGUUUUUGAAGAGUUGGAGGAAGAAGAGGAGAUUGGAAUUUUAUGUUAUUAGCCAGACGCUAAUCAGGAUGCAAACAAUGUGCGUAUAUACUACCUGACAUGGAAUGGAUACAAGACCCAUCGAGAUUACAACACUGGAAAUUUUGAGACGGGAUGGAAGGUGACAAAGUGGAUCCGGCUGAAGUAUCCCUGGUCAACAAAAUGAUCCGCCUCGCUCUAAAGAGGACUACGAGUGAGAUCGAGGUCGUCAGGAGGGACCCCAACUCACCGCUUUUCUCCGUUAAGACAUUCGAGGAGUUGUGCCUGAAACCGGAGCUGUUGAUGGGUGUCUAUGGCAUGGGCUUUAACAGACCUUCUACGAUUCAGGAGAAAGCUCUGCCUCUGAUGCUAGCACAGCCACCUCAGAAUUUGAUCGCCCAGUCACAGUCUGGCACAGGCAAAACUGCUGCCUUUUCUCUGGCAGUGCUCAGCCAUGUGAACUCCGCCCACAAGUGGACUCAGGCUCUUUGUAUCGCGCCUACAUACGAGCUUGCCUUGCAGACUGGACAAGUGAUUGAGCAGAUGGGCAAACACUGCCCCGAAAUCAAACUAGCAUACGCCCUUAGAGGCAAUAAAAUGGUGCCAGGGAAGCCUUUACAAGAACAAAUUGUGGUGGGAACACCUGGCACCAUCCUGGACUGGUGCAAAAAGUGGAAAAUAAUCGAUUUAAAAAAGAUAACCCUUUUUGUCUUGGAUGAGGCUGACGUGAUGAUCGCCACUCAAGGUCAUCGUGACCAGAGCAUCCGCAUUCAUAGGCAGCUGUCAAAAGACUGCCAGAUGCUCUUCUUCUCUGCGACCUUUGAAGAGGCGGUGUGGAAGUUUGCAGAGUUGAUUGUUCCCGAUGCCAACAUCAUCCGACUGCGUCGUGAGGAGGAGACUCUGGACAACAUCAAGCAGUUUUAUGUCUUCUGCGGGAGCAAGGAGGAAAAGUUCACCUUUCUGUGUGACCUCUACGGGAGUAUGACUGUGGCACAGGCCAUGAUCUUCUGCCGUACUUGUAAGACUGCGGCUUGGCUGGCUGCUAACCUGACAAAGGAAGGCCACAGCAUCGCAUUGCUGAGUGGGGAAUUAACUGUGAUGCAGAGAGCGAAUAUCAUUCAACGCUUUCGAGAUGGCAAGGAGAAGGUUCUUGUCACAACAAAUGUUUGUUCAAGGGGCAUUGAUGUGGAACAGGUGUCUCUGGUGGUCAACUUUGACCUCCCCGUGGACGUGGACGGCAAAGCCGAUAACGAGACGUACCUUCACCGGAUUGGCCGAACAGGACGUUUUGGGAAACGAGGGUUCGCCAUCAACAUGGUGGACAGUGACGCAGGCAUGGAUGUCAUCGAACAAAUUGAGAUUCACUUCGGCAGGAAGAUCCAAAAAUUGGAAUUGGAAAAUGUGGAAGCAAUUGAGAAAGACCUCAAAUAAAUAAGACAUAUUUUUAACAUUAAUGAUGCACUUUUGAAUUUUUCCGAGAAGAAAAUUUCUAUUCCAGCUGUUUAAACUGUGCAUGCUUAAUUUUGUUGUUCUGCAUUUGCACGGUUUUCAUUUUUCUUAGUUGUUUGUACAUCUUUGAGUUUGAACAUCUUUGAGUUUGAAUAUUCUGGAGAGCUGAUUGAUAGAUUUUGAUAAAUAUACGGUUGCCUUUAAAGUAUGGUCUAGUUCCUUCUGCUCUAACUGUGUAUGAACUCAUUUGAUGAUGGAGCAGGUUUAGCGGUCUCAGACUAAUUUUAACGAAAACAUGACCUAGAUUUAUAUAUCUAGCAAAUUGGACUGCUUAUACAUUAGAUGUGUAACAAUAGCACUAACAUUUCCACUCCUGUCCUGUCCUCUAAUAAAAUAUUACCCCCCAAAAUGUUAUUAAUACUGCAGUGCAACUUUGAGUAUGUUUUUUCUCUGUGCCUUUUUUUCGCUUGUCUGAAAGUUAUUUUUUCACAACAUUAAAAUUUUA